GAGAGAGAGGCAGGCGCCGGUGGGCGGGGCGGCGCAUGCGCCGCCACACAUUCCUCUGGUGCUGCUGAGGGAGGUGAGCAGGGCGAGAGGGUCGCUGGGCGGCGCUGAGGGGGCGGUUGGAGGCCGGCGGGGGUUGGCUGUGGGGAGGAAGGGAGCGGGGGCAGUUCUCGAGGGCGGCGGAGGGAAGGGAUGGAGCGGGUCGCCCGGGGUGCGCCUAGCCGGUUCCUCGCCGUCGCCACUCGGUGCGGCGUCCCGAGGGAGAGCUUUCAGCCCCGGCGCGGUGGGCAGAAGCUCGACAGGAGCAGCUUCGCUUGCCCUUGGAAAGUACGGGGAAGGCGACAGGGGCAGACAGAACCGCAGAACUGGAAGGGGCCUCGAGGGUCAUCUAGCCCAGCCCAGGAGUCUUUCGCCCACCGUGGGGCUCGAACCCACGACCCAGAUAUUAAGAGUCUCAUGCUGUACCAACUGAGCUAUCCCAAGCUAUCGACACUCUAUUGAACCGCUCUGAGACCUCUGGGUAUAGGGCGGUAUAUAAAUUCAAUAAAUAAUAAUACGGUAAUUUGAUAUAUAUCCUCUUCUUUUCCUCGCAGCCCCAAACGACUGCUUUUCCAUGCGAGGGUACAGCUUCCCCCGUUGAGUUUCUGCCUGCUGCUGAGGGGAACAGGUACCCAAUGGUGAUGGGGAAAGGGUAUCUAUAUCUAUAUAGAUAUAGAUAGAUAUAAAAUACACACACGCACAGCCCCUCAGGGCAAAGGCCUGCCCUCUUAUGCUCUGCAAAGCCCCCAUUGUGUGCUGCUGUAUACAAGUCUAUUAUUAUUCUUAUUAUAAGGUGUAAGGGUGAUGAUUAGAUUAGAAGGGAGUAGAGUGACUCAGACUCACAGUGGUGGCUAUGAGAGGUUAAAAUCCCGGCUGAGGGGGAGAAGAUGAGGGAAGGAAGUGCCUGAGGAUGCUCCAUGGAGGUAUAAGAUCUGAGACUAGGCCUUGAAGCAGCCAUGGUGAAGGUUAGGGGGGGUAUUGAUAGGCACUAGGAUAAAGGGCUGUCCAGAUUUGAGCUGAACUGAAGGAUAGAAAUGGAGGCAAUAGAAAGGGGAAGUGGGAUUUUGAAUGUGUUGUCGAAGCAAGGGCAGGAACAAAGCUGGGCUUUGUUGUGUUAGGAUUAAAAUAGGUCAGAAAUCAUACACAGCUGGAACGUUCAUCCUGUCCCUUUAAGAAGAAAGGUAGGGGGCAGGAGUGGAAAGGAGCUCAAAUUGCCUUGCAAAGAAUGCCACAAAGUCAUUACUGAUAAUUGCCCUGCAUAUUCCUAUAUUAGUCAUUAUAACAUAAAAUAAAGCAAGAGCCAGAUUUUGUAGUACUUUUCUACCUUGUUGCCUGAUUUAUGAUUCUUGCAUGCAUUGGAUGAGUGGGUAGUUAUUUACAAGCCUGAGCUAGAAAGGGGAGUUGCAGGAUCUUGGGUUGGGUCAGUGUUGCGCAACUGACCAGUCUUGCUGAAAACAGUGGAUUGAUAACAUAGGCAAGAUGAGACAACUUGAAAAAUGGGCAGUAGUUCAUACUGGAUUAUUACUGGCUAACAUAUGUCUGGACAAUAUAUAAAUAUGAUUCUGAUCAUCUCUUAGUCGCUAAAAUGUGUACUAAGGGUGACUUUACAUGCAACAUUUUAGAUGUAUGGAUGUGAAGGUUAAAACAGUACAUAUAUUUAGGUCAUGUAGGGCUUAUAAGUCAGCUCCACGAAGGUACCCUUGCCAGAGUGAGACUUACCCCUGCGGGCGACCUCACAAAUUCGAUACCAAUAAACAAGGGAGUGCGCCAAGGAUGUAUAUUGGCCCCCUGCCUAUUCAAUCUAUUCAUCAGCGACAUGCGAGCACCCUUAGUCAACUCAUCUCCAAGUACACAUGCGCCUAGACUAGCGGAUUACCGCUGUCCACUCCUUUUAUAUGCGGACGACGCGGUAAUUCUAUCUUAUACACGUGUUGGACUAACCAGAGCUCUGAAGAUCUUUGCCACGUAUUGUCAACUCAACCAAUUAACCAUCAAUCAUGCUAAAUCUAAGAUUCUGAUUUUCGCCAGAAGUCGGAGAUUAUACGAAUGGAAGCUUGGUGGAGCAAAAAUAGAGCAAGUCCUAAAAUUUCAAUACCUAGGAGUUAUUUUUCAAUACAAUUUGGGGUGGAAAGCACAUAUUCAACACCUACUUAAUAAGGCCAAAACUCUGAUAUAUGCGCUCCUCCGAUUUUUCUUUUCGGAUGGAGCUUUGCAUGUUCCCUCGGCCCUAAAGGUGUUCAAGGCAAAAGUGGUUCCCGUGCUUGCUUAUGCUGCCCCGCUCUGGGCCGUGAUGACAGACCUUGCUCCUCUUGAGACUCUGCAAAACCAAUUCCUACGUCGGCUCCUAAUGCUCCCCUGUGCGUAAGCAACGCAGCCAUGCGACUAGAAUUGAAGAUCGCAUCUUUAGAAACUUGCCUGUGGAAGCAAGUCUUCAAUUAUUGGUUAUCAUUGUGGCAUAGAUUACCAGACCAUUACCUUGCCCAAUGCUUAUGGCGAGAUGAAUUCUCCAGCCUUUGGACCAGUAGAAUUCAUGCCAAACUCCUGAGCUAUGGAAUCUCUCCCUUGGAUUCCCUAAAACUAGAUCAAACCACUGCUCAAAGACUGAUCCGCCAAAGACUGGAUGACAUCGAUUUACAGCGAAAUUAUAUGCUGGGGGGAGGUGUUUGUUCGCCCCAGAACAUUGGUAUCACUUUAACUUACUGCGUUCCAUCAUACCUCUCCUCCCUUUCGACUGUUGCCCAUAGGCUGGCCUUCACCAAAGCGAGGUUUAAUGUUUUCCCUCCAAUGCCCUGAGACAUAGAUUCUCAAAGGGCCAAACCUCCGCCAUGCGCGAAUGUGAUAAGGAGAUGCCGGAGUCGCUUCAGCACAUUAUGUUCACUUGCCCCUUAUUCAAGGUGCCACGGGCAAAUUUGUUGGGAUCAAUCAUACAGAAAUUAGAGGGUACUCCACCAAAAUUCCACCUUGCCCAAAUCUUGCAGGAUAAGGAUACCCAUACGACCCUGAAAGUGGCUAGGUUCCUGGUCGCUGUCCUUACUCAAAAGCGUUGCCAAGGAGCACCACAAGCUAAUUAAGGCGUAGUAUGCCAUUCCAUCUUAUAGUAGUUUAUUGUUAUAGUAGUGUUUUAGUGGCUGUUUUUUCCCAUGUGCACAGGUUGUUAUUUAUGUCUUGUUUUUAUCUGUAUGGGCCUACGGCCGUAAUAAAUUAUUAUUAUUAUUAUUAUUAUUAUAGGUCAUGUAGUAUAAAGUACUCUUCUUAGAAUAAUGCAGAUUUGGCUGCCCUCUUCUCCCCAGCCCAUAUCCCUUGCUAAAUUGUGUGCAUAGUGGCAAGCCUGUAUUUGGUAUUAUGUAUAGUGUGAUAGUUCCUUCCUUCCACUCUUAAUGUAAGAUUUAGGGCAGGAGUGGGCAGCCUUUGGCCUACUCUCAGACAUUGCUGGACUCUAGUUCCCUUCAUCCCCAGCCUAUAUGGCCCAAUGGUCAGGAAUACUGGGAGUUGCAGUGUACCUGUAGCUGGAGGGCCAUGCGUUGCCAACCCCUGAUUUUAUGCAUGCAACAUUGUGAUACUAACCUCUGUAUAGUUCCACUUUCCUGUUCCCUAUUGCUACUGCCUGCAAAGUUUAAGCACAGGUGUAACUUAGUCUCCUAACUAACAUGGGUAAGUUUGUUUUUCAGCUUGGGCUUCAAACAUCUCUCCUACAGGUAUUGCAGUGCUUGGUCUGGUGAAACACUAAUUUAUUUUGCUUCCACCACAUUCUCCAGCUUUACCCUUUUGUAACUGCUGCAGCUUGAACUCUCUCAUGGUGGCUGAGAAAAGGGCAUGCCAAAAAGUUCUCCAUUACAGAGCUGUGAUCAUGGAGUUUGUCCAUAGUCUCAUCCAGUGUUCAGGUAUUAUUUUGAAUAAAUUCUGUACCCAGUUUCACAAUCACUGCAGUACACUUUGGAUGUAACAUUCAGAAAGUAUCUUCCCGGUUUGUGACAAGAACUGGGCAAAGUGAAUGUGUUUAGCAAGAAGUAGUAAACUAAUUAGAAAUCACUAGUUAAUUAACAAGCAACAUUAAUUAUGACUCAUACGUUUAUUGCCUUUGUUGCUAGUGCUGCAAAACUAGCCUGGAACGCCAUGUGCUCAUUUCACCUUUCCCAGAACAGCAAGGGCUGCAAAGUUAUAUUUGUCUUUUUGAAGAUAUUUUUAUGAAAAACAAAAAAGAACACACAGCCGCAUGCAUUGAGGUCUUUCUUCUGGACCCAGGGCAGGCUUCAGGGUGCAAGGAAGAAGCAAGAAUGAAGAAAGCCUAUAUCAAAGCAGAUGUGGCAGAUGAGAUGGAAUAAUAGCUAGAACAGAUACUAGCUGUGAGCUUUGAAAAUGUAGGCAAGCAGAAGGGCAGAGGAGAGGUACUGUGCAUAAAAAUGAGUGCUAUAAGAAAUGCAGGUUUCAACUAGGACACUGGUUGACGUAAUAUGCACAGAUUUAGCUUUGUAUGGAACAGUGAACCAGAAAAAUGUGUUUACAGAGAUUCUUAUUUGGCUCUUAGAUUUCUGUGCUGUUCUGUGAUCUUUCUGCUCAUUUAAGGAAACACAUUUUUAGUACUGAUAAGUCCUCUCAUUAAGCUUUCUCUGAUAAUUACAGAAUGACUGAAGAUUUAACAGACAAUGGACCGAAUGUAUCCUGAUGGCAUUUUGUGCAUGGAGACAUGUUGCUUGCUAUGGCAUCUGAGACUGAAAAGGCCCAUGCUCUUCUCCAGUCAUUCAGCACAGCUUCUGUAAUUUCAAGCCUAGGAUUGGGGUUUUUCUGCUUUGUAGCAGAUAGACUUCUGCAGUUUGCUGUCAUUCAGCAGAAUGACUGGCUGCGAGCACUCUCUGAUAACACUGUGCAUGGUGUUGUGGGAUUUUGGUCUUGGGCAAUAGUGAUAGGACUCAAGAAGAAAAGUGACUUUACAGAAGUCAUUUUAGCUGGCUUUCUUUCAUCAGUCAUUGAUGUGGACCACUUUGUUCUAGCUGGAUCUCUUUCAUUACAGGUAAGCAAAACCACAGUUUAAUUACCUGCAUUUAAACAAAAACAUAUAUGCAUAAUUUGAACCAAAACCAUUGGAACUAUUUUUAAUGUUAAUUUCAUGUUAAAAUUUUCCCUUUGAUUACUUGGUUGCGCUCAGGUUUGAAGGGAAGACUUCAGUGCAAGCCAUCCUGAUGUGUCAUCCCUCUUCUCUUAUAUGUUUUGGAUUUGAUGGGGGUGGGAGUUGGAUAGCUUUUUAUGCUGAUUAGUGUCCAGAGCUAGGAGAUAAUUUGCAUUUAAUUUAGGGCGAAACUGUUGGCGGUAAGGAAAAAUGGUUUAAAGGAAGAAUUCCCUGGAUGCCAAGGUCCAGGUUUGGUUAAAAUACUCUUUAGUGAGAUAACCCUAGCAGAGAUUUAAAAUAUGCAUCAAAGUAAAGCAUGGAAAUAAUAGGCUGUUAGACCUUUAAUAUUUGCCCUUCUAAAAUCCUUCCCCCAGCGUAGGGAAAGACCACACAUUUAGUAAGUUAAAAAUUGUUUACUUACAAACUCUCCAAAUGUCAGGUUCAGGGGCUUUUCUGUACAGCAUUCAGUAAAAGUUGCACAGGCUGUAAGACUCGGGCCUAGUGGUGAAAGUUCCUAAAUUCCUUUGCCACAGUGACUUGGAUUCACUAUGCAGGUGUAAAUUAUCCACCAGGAUAAAGAGGUUUGGUUGUGAUGCUAGCCUUGUCCAACCAGUGUAUCUGUAAUUUGGAACUGCUUCAGAUCAGAAAUAUUAAGCAUAACAUAUUUGAGUGUGCCAGUUUAAUAUUUAUAGAAUGCAUUGGAGGACCACACUGAAACUGCUUUUCUAUACCUUUUCCCAGUAGGUGGCACACUUCACAAGAAGUUCAUGUGCCAUGUGCAUGUAGGAUUCUUAUUUUCAAACUUUUUAUUUUGCUUCCCUCCCCAACUGGCAUUUGUCUUAACUAAUAUGAUAGAAUUGUUUUAUUUUUAAUUGGUUUUCACUUUUAUUGUUUAUUUAAAGCAUUUUUCUCCUGCUCUUCAGCAGAAAAACACUCCCAGUAUGGCUUACAAAUGUCUGAUAACAUUUACUUUUACUGUAUUAUGACAUUUACCUUUACUAUAAUAUGCCAUGUGUAUUAGUUCCAUGCACUAAGUGCUUGAGCAUCCUCAAGACCGUAUCUGAAUGUUUUUGUUUGGUUUGGAUGAAUUAAUCAAAUGACUGAAAAGUAAAAUGUAGCAUAAAAAGUAAACUAUUCUCAUACAUUUUCAAACAGUUUUAUCAUUUAUAUUCCAUUUUUCCGACUCACAUAUGAGUUGCCCAUGGCAGCUUACAACUGCCAUCAACUAAGAACACAAUAGUUUUAAAAAGAUAAUAAGCAACAUAGCUUCAUUAGUUCCUUUAACCUUAAGAAUUGCUUUGCUGAACAGAGGCAAAUAUCCACAUAGUUUAGACUCCAGUCUCUAUUGGUGGUCGGAAAACAUUCCAUGGCUCACAGUGAGAAGGCAACAAACAGAAUGGAAUAUAUUAAACCAACACAUAGAAUAACAGAGGACACACAAAGCAUGAAAUAUACAGUAUCUGAUCAUGGAGUCCUUUCUGGGAUAUGUGUUGAUUUCUCUCAAAAUGGAGAUAAAUGAAGAAGAUUAUAGCUGUCAAGAUUCACAUAAACUGUUCCUUGUAAAUCUGGCUGCCACUGUACACUGUGCUUUUCUUUCCCAUAGGCUGCCCUGACUCUCCCACGAAGACCAUUCCUUCACUGUUCUACUGUGAUCCCUCUUGUGUGUUUGACAUUAAAGUUUAUUAUGCACCUUUUCAAGCUGAAGGAUUCCUGGUGCUUUCUUCCCUGGAUGCUGUUUAUCUCUUGGACUUCGCAUCACGUUCGAGAUGGAAUUCGUCAUGGCCUGUGGAUCUGCCCAUUUGGAAAGACUGCGCCCUUGCCUUACUGGCUUUAUGUGGCAAUCACGGCAUCGUUACCUCAUCUCUGUUCUUUUAUUAUGUAUUUAACAGGAACAAGAGAACUGAUGGCAACCAAACAUGGGAUGCGCAUUGAUGUCUAAUGAUAAUCUAGAAUGGUAGUGUUUGCAUCACUGAAGUAAUUGCCUCAUGUUUUCUGAGUUAGGUCUAAAGUUGAUUCUCUGAAACCACUGCUGCACAAGGUAAUGAACAUGCCCAAGCAAUCUCAUUAGCGUCUCCUGCACAUUUUUUUUAUUCCAAAAUCACUUAAGUAUUUUGUAAAGUAUCAGUAAUAGCAGCUAUUCACUUCCAUGUCCCUCCCUUUGCCAGUCUCACAUUUUGGGGGGAUAUAUUGCUUAAAGAAAUCUUAUCUGUGUUCAUUUUUAGGUGUUCACUUAAAAAAUGGUAAUGUGUGAGUUGGCCAGCACAAGUGUAAGCAGGGCAAUUGUGUUGAACAGACAGGUUUGUGGGCAAUGUUGUGAUUUCCUAAGUCUGCCAGCAAAUUCCUUUAUGCCUUAAUGUGAACAGCAUGCCAUAAUAUAUUUUUUUGUGGGGGGAGUAUGGUUUUGCAUGCAGCUUUUUUGGUUAGUGCUACCCUGAAAGAAACAAAAUGCUGCUAAGGCUGCUAAGGCACAGUUUGUAUAUAUUUUAUAUCACCACAAUCCAUUUGGGUGAGUUAAAUCAUAGCCUCUUCAAGUCUAAUUUUAUAUGUGUUUUAUAAACAUAGGACACCAAAUGUUAUCAGUUGAAAUCCUCUACCUUAAAAUGGUCUGGGCUCUUGUCCUUCCUAGCUAGGUUCCAGGAUAAGUUCAACUUUAGCUAGAUUCCCGAAGGUCAGUGUUUCUGAAAUGCUUUAAUUUGUUGUCUUAUUUUAUUAUAUUUAUUUUAGUGAACGACAGCACCUCUUUGCUUUGUUAACUUGUACUGUAAUAGCAUUGUGUUUUGUUUACUACAUACCCGUUCAUUGUAAGUUAAGAGACUUUAAGCAGCUGGCUUAGGUUGCAAUCCUAGGCCUGGAGAGAGACUCAGUGAGCUAAGUGGGACUUACUACUAAGUACAAAUUCAUAGGAUUGCACUGAAGUAGCCCUUGUGGGGGCCUUUUUCUUAAUGAGUUUAGGGACUACUGGUAAAUGUGUAGUGUAGAACACUCUUGCAAACUUUGCAUGUAUGAAAGUGCAGGUUUGAUUUCAAAGAAGUUCUCCAUAUUAAUAGCACCACAAAUAAAACUGUGGAGUGUACAAAACAAAAUAAAGAUUGAAUUGAGAGUCCAGGAAAACUUGGGUAAACAUACAAAUUUGUAAGAGACAUUUUUAAGAGGGUGGAUGUUAUCACCAAGUAACAAUCAGCGCAACCAGCAGGGUUUGCUCAGAAGAUCAUAAAUAAUGACUUGGUCUGUACUGGGGCAGGGAGUAAUUUUUGUUUUAGAUCUUUAAACGUCAACAACAGAAACUUGGAACUAGUUAACACACUUUUGGUUCAUUGCAAAACAUCUUACACCUGGUGUGAACAAAUGUAUUCAGCAGUAGGACAAAUGAACACAGAUAAGAAUUGUUAAGAUUUUCUUAUCCUUUGGGAAUCUCUUCUAUAGAUUUUUAAAAACUCCAUAUACAAACUUAUACCAGGGGACCAGACUUGCCAAUUAACCGUCGUCCUAAAAUUUCAUUGUUUCUUAAAAGUUCUUGAAGAAAGGUCCAGGUUAUUGAAAUUUAACAUAUACUCAGCAAUCAACUCCUCUUAUGACUGAUAUAUCAGCCAUGGUUUCAGGGGUACUCCCUGCAAAUGUUUUCCUGGCAGUCAUUUUCUUACCACUGUUCCACUUACCAGUUAUUUGGAGCAAGCUCUGUACUGGUGCACUCUGACUUAAACGGACUGCUAUGUCACUUGCCUCUGUGAUCUCUACAAUCAUCUACGCAGACAAUCAAGCCUGGGUGAGUACUUUGAUUCCCUGCAUUGGUCAGAGAAUCAUAUUAUAGGGUAAAAUUUAACACAGUUUUAAUCAGAGUAGACCCAUUGAAAUGGCUAAACAUGACUAAGGUCCUUUAAUUUCAUUAGGUCUGCUGUGAGUAUAAUUUAGUUGGAAUACUGCACACAGAUUAUAGUGCAGAUAAUGCAAGGGAACUUACUCUAAUGCUUUAAGCCAUUUUUUUCUGUGUUGAGCAGGAGCCUUAUUUGAAGUUGUUUAGCACAGUGCCAAAAAUCCUAGUUCAAUAUUUUUGUUUUAAUAAAGAGGUAUAUAUAUAUUUUUCCUAAAUGAAGUAUUUUGGGAAUGUGCUGCUUUUCCCAGUAAGGUUAAUUGUCGCUGUGUCAAAUAGAACAGUGUUCAAUUUAGUGACUGAGGUUUUAGAAAGCAAUUAGCCACAAAACACUAAUUACAUGAAAAUUAUUAUAUUUCUCUGAUGGCCUUAAUAAGAAAAUAAUCAGCAACCCCACACAAAAAUCAUACUGUUUUUGUGAGUGUCUUUUUUUAAAAAAAUGCAGUUGUUCUAAAGAUGGAUACAGUUUUCACAUAUAAAUAAAUUACUAUCUACUCAUGUUUGGGUGCCUUAAGGGUUUUUAGUGCACGUCACACAACUUACUGGCAAGCAUUUUGUUCAAGCUUUAGAGCUAAAUUGCUAUAGGAUUCGGUCCUGCAAACAGUGGCACACAAUUCUAGGAAGAUUUAUCUGUUGAUAAAUUGUGUGAUUGCAACCUUAUGGGGAACUUGUGUGUGAUUACAUCUGUGGUUGGCUUCCUGCCUUUGGGAUACAUCUUUGGUUUUUACAAUUUUUGGCAUGUUUUUCUGGAUGGGAGCACAUGGGUUCAAUUGCAUCAGCCCAUGUUUUGUUUGUUUUGCUGUGCAUCAUUUUUAGACAUUGUGUAUUGCUAUGCAGUGGUUGUGUUAUGGAAGCACAGGCAUUCAUCUUCAUAGAAGAAAUAUAUCUGUUUUAUAGAAUUGUGGAGUUGGAAGGGGCCACCAGGGUCAUCUAGUCCAAUCCCCAGCAAUGUGGGAAUAUUUUUGCCCAAUGUGGAGCUCAGACCCACAGCCCUGAGAUUAUGAGUCUCAUGUUCUACUGGCUGAGCUCUCUGGGACACCACCUCCUCAUCCCCCCACUAUCUAUAGUAGGGUUAGGCAAGCCAUUUCAAUUUUAUGGAAGGAGAAGGAAGAUGCUGUACACAACUAUGGGGAGAAAAUUAACAAAAGCAAAACUAUAUGGAAAGACUUUCCCAGAUAUAAUUGUGAUAAGGGAAAUUCUCACCUAUGUGACUUCUGUUUCAAAUUAUGCAGUAACCAUGUAAGUUGCAGAUAAAAGAAUAAAAUCCAUGCAGAUUUGUAGGGGAAAUUAGCCUUGUAGAACUCAGCUUGCUAUGAAUGAUUCUUCUCUCCCCUGAAGAGGCAUGUCUUAAGGAAGCUGGUGAGUAAAGCAGUGUAAAAAUGUAACAUGUUACAAUGUAACAUUUUAAUUGCUUUUGUUUUGAAGUAAGAGUGAGACUGCAAAAAAGUGGCCAAUUUUAGGCCAAUACAGUAGUUACGUGAUUAAUGGAAAAAAGAAAAGUCGACCGGUAUGGUUAUCCCACAGCACAGUUUAUCUACAUUCCUUGCUUGCAUUAGCAUUUUUACAAAACUGUAAUAGUACUAUCUGCAUUUUAUGUUAAAAUAACCUGCUUUUCAACCAAACUUAACUUCCAAAAGCAGCUUACAACAAUUAAAACCAGUCAUAAAGUAUGACCUGAAGCAUAAGGAUCCAUUGGGUGUGUAUAGCAGUCUCUGCGGGGCCAAGUAGAAGAACUAAGUUGGCUAGUUAUGCAAGAAGCACUGUAAGGUUAUCACUUUCUGGUCGCUUAGGGACCAGGCUUAUCAUUUGCAAGACAGAUAGAAAAUAUUCACUUGAAAAUUGCCACUUAACUUGCUUUUAUGACCCAUGCAAUAUAUCAACAGCUCGUAUCAUAUUAAUGAAGGACCAUUCCAUGGAAUUAGUCUAGUAUACAGCAAGCAUGUCACACAAUAACCCUGUGAAGCAGUUACUUGAAUUUCCCCUAAGUAUCUAAAAGUUCAGCUGCUUAAAUGGAGUACUACUAUGAACUUGGUAUGUUCUAAAGGCCAAAUUUGGAACUCUAAAUCCAGUGAUUGUGUUCAAAACUCGUAUUAAGAACAACAGAAGUAUUAAGAAACAACAGCUUUACCUGACUGGGUAUGUGUUUGUUUUUUAACGUGGUACACAGUCCUUUUCACUCCAGCUUCUUGUCACCCAUAGAAUUAUUACCUAGCUGAUUUUCAUUCCUUAAAGCUGCAGGGGGGAGGGGGCUAGAGUGAUGUGUUUCCUUUUAAUACACUGGUAUUGUGUUAUCUUAAAAGUAUUUUGUGUUGUUUCUGGACCACAACUGUGACUACUACUGUCUGACUGUAUCGUUUUCCUAGUUAACACUACUGUGGCAUUAAAAACAUUUGACAAAAGGA